GGUUUCCUGUCAGUCUCCAUCAAGCGUAGCAUGUAACAGAGGCCAAAGGUUGCAUGUGCAACCGCAUGCAGGAGGGCCCACGGGUGUCCCAUUAAUGCAAGUGCAGGAAAAAAAGGUACCCAGUUGUUUUGGAAGUUGAACUCCAGUCUUGCACCUCUGGAUUUCUCGGCGCGCACUGCUGGAGUUUGCAGCCGAGUAUAAAAAAAAGGCCUCGGGCCUGUUGUCUUGAGGUAGAGUAGAGCACAGAGAUAGUGCAGGUGCCGUUGAGACCGAGAGAGAGGAAAAAAAAAAACUCGUAUAGGGCUUCAUGAAUUCGUGAAGAAUUCUUAUAGGAUGCUUGUAAGAGGCAUCUACGUAAUGAGAUCAAAUUUUGAUACAAUCCAAUUCAACUAAAGGAAAAUUGUGCUCAGUCAUACGGGAAUAUUGCGGUUCCAUUUCCUUUCGGUUUACAGGAAGGCUGCUCUGCAAGGAAGCUAUUUCAACUCAACUGCACCAAUGUGACAUCGUCCAUGCUCCAAUUUGAUGAUGACCAUGUUGUGAUGUAUAUAAAUCUUACGGAAGGUCUUGUGGGCAUUAGAUUUACCUCACGUUAUGAAGAUCAAGAACUUGGAAUGUACGUACCAGAAGAACCAAGUCUGUUUGUUGGUUUUGGGGAAUCUGUGGUCUUAGUGCAUUGGGCUGCUGCCAAUCUAACAUGUCAGGAGGCUCAGAAGAACCUCUCGAAAUAUGCAUGUGUCAGUACGAACAGCAGAUGUUUAGGUGUUAACUCUAUGGAGGGUUAUGUUGGAUAUCGGUGCAAAUGCUUAGAUGGUUUUCAAGGAAAUCCAUAUAUAACUAAUGGCUGUGAAGACAUUGAUGAGUGCAAAACGCCAGGCAUUUGCAAAGGGGUAUGCCAUAAUGUUGUAGGGAGCUACUACUGCACAAAUUGUCCUGGUAAAACAGAGUACGAUACAACAACAAUGCAGUGCAGUUCAUCCAAAAGACAGAAUCUUCUCUUUGGUGUGAUCAUUGGGCUUAGUGUUGGCUUUGGCAUUCUACUAUCUGCCUUGGGUGUGAUGUUUCUCAUCCGUAGAUGGAAAAGGGACAUUGAAAAGCAACUACGAAGAAAAUAUUUCAGAAAAAACCAAGGCCUUCUCCUGGAACAACUAAUAUCAUCUGAUGAGAAUGCCAAUGACAAGACAAAUAUUUUUUCUUUAGAAGAGCUCAAGAAAGCAAUAAAUAACUUUGAUCCAUCACGUAUCCUUGGAAGUGGAGGCCAUGGAAUGGUAUACAAAGGUAUCUUGUCAGAUCUGCGUGUGGUAGCAAUAAAAAUGCCUAAGAUCAUAGAGCAAGAUGAAAUCAGCAAUUUCAUCAAUGAGGUUACCAUUCUUUCUCAGAUAAAUCACCGCAACAUCGUACGGCUCUUUGGAUGUUGUCUUGAAACUGAAGUCCCACUGCUUGUGUACGACUUUGUUCCCAAUGGUUCUUUGUUUGAAAUUCUCCAUGCUGAUGCUAACAAUGAUUUCCAAUUGUCUUGGGAUGAAUGCUUAAAGAUUGCUUUAGAGGCCGCAGGAGCUCUCUGUUAUCUUCAUUCCGCAGCUUCAAUAUCAAUCUUCCAUCGUGAUGUGAAGUCUUCUAAUAUACUUUUGGAUGGAGACUACACUGCUAAAGUUUCAGAUUUUGGCGCAUCAAGAUUGGUCCCUAUUGAUCAAACCCAUGUUGUUACAAAUGUACAAGGCACUUUUGGCUACUUAGAUCCUGAGUACUACCACACUGGGAAAUUAAAUGAGAAAAGUGACGUGUACAGCUUUGGAGUGGUACUUGUGGAGCUCCUCCUUCGGAAGAAACCUGUUUUUACAAGUGAGACAGGGAUAAAGCAAAAUUUGGCCAACUAUUUUCUUGGGGAACAAAAGGUGAAGCCUAUUACAGGCAUAGUGGCUCCUCAUGUUCUCAAGGACGCAACAGAGCAAGAAAUCAACAUGGUUGCCUCCCUUGCGGAGAAGUGCUUGAGACUUCGUGGUGAAGAAAGACCUACAAUGAAGCAUGUAGAGAUGACAUUACAAUUGUUGCGAGCAGAAAGGUUGAACUCAUACCGUGAUGUUAUUGGAAACAAGAAAUACAUGGAACCAUUUUUAGGUACAAGCACUACAGCCUAUUCUGAGCCAUUGGGUUUUGACUUUUUGGGCGAGAAAGCUACUUCCGAAUCCCAACAAUCCAAGAAAUGUUAUAGCUUGGGGCAAGAGUCUUCUUCUGCCACUCUGCCGCGUUAAAUAUGUCAUCAGUUCUAUACAGUGUGUACUUUUGUUAUAAAUACCGAUUGUCUAUUUAGAAGGAUACAAUACUAUGGAUUAGUUUACUAUCCAACUAUUUAAUUUAGAGGCAUUGGUUCCUGAAAGAAGACUAUUUUGUCAAGAAUCAUGUAGCGAUUGUUGGACAGAACACCUGAUGGUCAAAAUAUUCACUUAUCUACUA